CUCUUCCCUGCUCGCCCCCGGGUGCAGCAGAACUCGCCUUGAGAAGACACAGGCAGGGACAAACCACAUCCUGAAGGGUGUGUGCGAAGGGAGAAAGGCACAUCCCCAGUUUAUUUUGGCUGCUGCUUUUUUUGUUGUCGGGUUUGGUUUGGUGGUUUUGAAUUUUUUUGGGGUUGGUUGUGUGUUUUUUUGUUGUUGUUGUUGUUUUGUUUUUGCUUUUUUCCUUUUCUUUUGCUGCUCCUCCUUUGAUGGAAAUGGCCGUGACUUUUUAACCUUGCAGUCCCUAAAGGCGCCUGGGGACCAGCCGAUCGCCCCGAGCAGGGAGACGCGGGCGUUUUGCAGGGGGAGCUGGCAUGGCUGCUGUGCUCUUUGGCUUUGAGGAUCUGCUCUACAGCUGGGACAGCCUGGUGUGGAGCCUGACGUCCCGGGCUCUGAGGACUUGCCGCUUUGGAAAUCUGAGGGUCCUGCAGCUCAUGCUGAAGCCAUGGUGCAUUUCCAGAGCCGUUUAUCAGAUGACGGAGGGCCGCAGAUGCCAAGUGCACCUCCUCGAUGACAGAAAGCUGGAGCUCCUCGUCCAGCCAAAGCUUUUGGCCAAGGAGCUGCUUGACUUGGUGGCAUCUCAUUUCAACCUGAAGGAGAAAGAAUACUUUGGAAUUGCAUUCACAGAUGAAACGGGACACUUGAACUGGCUGCAGCUGGACCGCAGGGUGCUGGAGCAUGACUUCCCCAAGAAGUCGGGACCGGUUGUUUUGUACUUUUGUGUCAGGUUCUACAUUGAAAGCAUCUCCUAUCUGAAGGACAAUGCCACCAUCGAGCUGUUUUUCUUGAACGCCAAGUCCUGCAUCUACAAGGAACUCAUCGAGGUUGACAGUGAAGUGGUGUUUGAACUAGCUGCCUACAUCUUGCAGGAGGCAAAGGGAGAUUUUUCAAGCAAUGAAGUUGUAAGGAAUGAAUUAAAGAAGCUGCCAGCCCUUCCAACACCGGCGCUGAAGGAGCAUCCUUCCCUUGCUUACUGUGAGGACCGAGUCAUUGAGCAUUACAAGAAGCUAAACGGUCAGACAAGAGGUCAAGCAAUUGUAAAUUACAUGAGCAUUGUAGAAUCCCUCCCAACAUAUGGAGUGCAUUAUUACGCAGUAAAGGACAAGCAGGGAAUUCCUUGGUGGUUAGGACUUAGCUACAAAGGAAUUUUUCAAUACGACUACCACGACAAAGUGAAACCAAGAAAGAUCUUCCAAUGGAGGCAGCUGGAGAACCUCUAUUUCCGCGAGAAGAAGUUCUCGGUGGAGGUGCACGAUCCGCGCAGGGCAUCUGUGACCAGGAGGACCUUUGGGCAUAGUGGCAUCGCUGUGCAUACGUGGUACGCCUGCCCAGCGCUGAUAAAAUCUAUCUGGGCUAUGGCCAUUAGUCAACAUCAGUUCUACCUGGACAGGAAGCAAAGCAAGUCCAAGAUCCAUGCUGCAAGGAGCCUGAGUGAGAUUGCGAUUGACCUGACGGAAACUGGAACGCUCAAGACCUCAAAGCUGGCCAACAUGGGGAGUAAAGGCAAAAUCAUCAGCGGCAGCAGCGGGAGCCUUCUGUCAUCAGGUUCCCAGGAGUCAGACAGCUCUCAGUCCGCCAAGAAAGACAUGCUGGCCGCCCUGAAAUCCAGGCAGGAGGCUUUGGAAGAGACGCUGCGCCAGCGCUUGGAAGAGCUGAAGAAGCUGUGUCUCCGAGAAGCGGAGCUGACGGGAAAGCUGCCACGAGAAUACCCCCUGGAUCCCGGGGAGGAGCCACCUAUUGUAAGGAGAAGAAUAGGAACUGCCUUCAAGCUGGACGAGCAGAAAAUCCUGCCGAAGGGAGAGGAGGCAGAGCUGGAGCGCCUGGAGAGGGAGUUUGCCAUUCAGUCCCAGAUCACGGAGGCCGCCCGGCGCCUGGCGAGCGACCCGAACGUCAGCAAAAAGCUGAAGAAGCAGAGGAAGACGUCCUACCUGAACGCGCUGAAGAAGCUGCAGGAGAUAGAGAACGCCAUCAACGAGUAUCGCAUCAAGUCGGGCAAGAAGCCGACCCAGAGAGCCUCCUUGAUCAUAGAUGAAGGAAACAUCGCCAGUGAGGACAGCUCCCUCUCGGAUGCCCUUGUUCUGGAGGAUGAGGACUCCCAGGUCACCAGCACAAUCUCCCCUCUCCAGUCCCCGCACAAAGGCCUGCCGCCCCGGCCGCCCUUGCACAACAGGCCGCCCCCUCCGCAGUCUCUGGAGGGGCUGCGCCAGAUGCAUUACCACCGCAACGACUACGACAAGUCCCCCAUCAAGCCCAAGAUGUGGAGCGAGUCGUCCCUGGACGAACCCUACGAGAAGGUGAAGAAACGCUCCUCCCACGGCCAUGCCAGCAGCCACAAGCGGUUCCCCAGCACCGGGAGCUGUGCUGAGGCAGGAGGGAGCAGCUCCCUGCAGAACAGCCCCAUCCGGAGCCUUCCCCACUGGAACUCCCAGUCCAGCAUGCCCUCGACGCCGGACCUCCGGGUGCGCAGCCCCCACUACGUCCACUCCACGCGGUCAGUAGACAUCAGCCCGACCAGGCUGCACAGCCUCGCCCAGCACUUUAGACACCGGAGCUCCAGUUUGGAGUCACAAGGCAAGCUCCUCGGCUCAGAAAACGAGACGGGGAGCCCCGAUUUCUACACCCCAAGGACUCGUAGCAGUAACGGCUCCGACCCCAUGGACGACUGCUCGUCCUGCACCAGCCACUCCAGCUCCGAGCACUACUACCCUGCUCAGAUGAACCCCAACUAUUCCACCCUGGCCGAGGACUCCCCGUCGAAAGCCAGAGAGCGCCAGAGGCAGAGGCACAAAUCGGCGGGCAACCUGGUCUCCUCCAACUCGGGGAGCAUGCCCAACCUGGCCGCGAGGAAUGGCACGGGGCACCACCGGGUCUACCUGCACAGCCAGAGCCAACCCUCUUCCCAGUACAGGAUCAAGGAGUACCCCCUGUACAUUGAGGGCAGCUCCACCCCCGUGGUGGUGCGCAGCCUGGAGAACGACCAGGAGGGCCACUACAGCGUGAAAGCACAAUUCAAAACCUCCAACUCCUACACGGCGGGGGGGAUGUUUAAGGAGAACUGGCACGGGGAUGAAGCAGACUCCGUGCGGCUCACCCCGUCCCGCUCCCAGAUCAUAAGGACUCCGUCCCUGGGCAGGGAGGGCCACGAGAAGGGCUCGGGUAGGACUGCCGUGUCGGACGAGCUGCGGCUCUGGUACCAGCGCUCCACAGCCUCCCACAAGGAGCACAGCCGCCUCUCGCACACCAGCUCCACGUCCUCGGACAGCAGCUCCCAGUACAGCACGUCUUCGCAAAGCACCUUUGUGGCGCACAGCAGGGUCACGAGAAUGCCUCAGAUGUGUAAAGCGACGUCAGCUGCCUUACCUCACAGCCAGAGGAGUUCGACGCCAUCGAGCGAGCUGGCGGCCACGCCGCCGGGCAGCCCCCACCACAUUCUCGCCUGGCAGACCGGAGAAGCAACAGACAACUCACCCACUAUGGAUGAGUCUCAGUCUCCAACCCACCAAAGUACUGAUGAAUAGAGGAGCUACACCGAUAGCUGUUUCCUGGAUCCUCCCCUCUAUCCAGAACUAGCAGACGUCCAGUGGUAUGGACAGGAAAAAGCCAAGCCUGGGACUCUAGUGUGAACCCCUGACCUCAAGCGAAUCCCAUCGACGCCAUUCGGAGCUCACCUCACUGCCUCUCAUUUGCCUUACCCAGAUGCACUGUCACCCAGCACCAGCUUCAACUCUUUAAGCACUUUUCUCACGAUGCAAUUCGACAUUUCGGUAACAUUUGGCCCCGAGACAUCCACCACGACCGCGGCAGCGCCUCCCUUUGCCAGACUGCUGCUCGUCCCUCCCGGAGCCCGCAGGGCAGCGGAUGCGUGGAGCAGCCAGUCGGCAAUUUAAAAGCUGGUUUUCCUUCUAAACGAUGGAAACAAAUCUUACUGCUCUGUGGCACGUACCAGCAGUAAGACGUCCAUGACCUGCGAUCCGAAGCCAACACAGCAUCGGUUUCAACGGGGUGGGGGGUGGGUUUGACACAAAACAGGACAGAAGCUGAGAAAUACUCCUUGAAAACGCUUCUUUUAAGGAAAAAGUGAAAUCCUGACACUUCAGAGAUGUGUCAGAGUGCCACAAUCAGGUCUGCGCUGCCCAAAAUCACCGAACCCACGUCAGCGGGGUGAGUUUGUCCAGCAGGGCCCUGCUCCGGGAGCAUCUCAUUCGCCUCGACGCCAGCCACGAGCACCUCCUGGCGAGCAGCUUCUCCUUCGUUUCUUUGAGCCCAUCUUGACAGCAGCAACCAAACCCCACGUGCCGAAGACCCACUGGAGGUCUGGGCUGGUAGCACAGCAUCUAUGAGCUGCAAUUACAGCGGGCAAACGAGGUUCACAGAGGCAUUAAUUACAGCAGAGGCGAGUGCUGUGACUCAGCACAGCUCUGCGACCGGCACAGAUUCCUUACCAACACCUAGCGAGGUUGGGGUGGGGGUGAUUUUUUUAUUUUUUUUUCCCAAUACUCCGAUGAAGAUCCAAAUUGCCAAAUUCUCCAAGCAGACACAGCCAAUAAAUCCUGAUGGAGCUCCGCACGGAAGCGCGACCGGCAAACCGAGCGGUGUAGCAAAGGGCUCAGCACCAGGCGGGGAGCAGCAGCAGGGCUUGCGGAUUUCCUCGGGGCAAGAAGCAGCCCCAAGGAAGAGAAGGAAGGACAGGAGGUGCCGGGCACCUGCCGCCUGCUACCAGAAGGAAAUCGGCCGCGAGAGUCGUGGAAGAAGCUGCAAGUUUACACGUACUUUGGAGCAAUGCUUUAUACACGUCAAGCCAUGGAACUUUAAAAGGCCUCAAAGACACUUUUGUAACGAACCAGUGCACAAUCUCUCUCUCUCUCUCUCUCUCUCGGUGGAUGUCGAAGCUGGCACGUCUAGCCUUCACUGCGGUGCUAUGCUGUUUUUAUUGCCACUAGACGGGGGGGAGGUCCCUGCCCCCCGUUGGCGCGUGCAAACGAUGAUUUCCUAUGGGAAAGGCAUUACAGGAACGGCUGGAGGGGGGUUACUUUGCGAAAAGCAGAAACUGAAGUUAGCUUUAGUUUAAAAAUAAUUAAAAAAAAACAAAAACAAAAAACAAAACAGAAGUGUGAGUGUGCGUGCGCGUGUUCCAAGAGCAACAGCAUCUACCAGACACGAGGAGGGCGAGGAGUUGAGAACGAAACCCCGCGACUCGGGGGCUGCCACACCUUUUGGUAUGAAGCUUGCUGGAAAACUGCAUUCCAGGCUUUCGAAAGAGAAUGGGUUCUUCCUAAUUAGAUUUGGCAAGGUGAGGGGGUUUCUAAAAAUUCCCGCAAGCUGCUCGUGCUAAUUCCUUUCCCUGAUAGGUGUAAGAAAUGUGGGCUUCGCUCCCCAGCCCUCGCCCACUGGGCUGCUUGGGCAGAAACACCUGAGCUAUUUGUCCAGAGCCAGGAAGGAAGCUCUUUAAUGUCCACACAUGAAGCAUAAAUGACUUAUCCCUCUGAAAUAAUAAUAAUAAUUAAUUUUUAACACUGGCAAGAGGUUUUUAAAGGUAGCCACGCAAGCCUCGUGCUCCCAGACCUGCACAAAGAUCCAGCAGGCGGCCGUGAGAUCGCACCCCUUACCUGGAUGUUGGAACAAAAUCCUGUUUUAUUUUAACAUCCCUCUCUGCUCUGGGGUCUUUAGCAUGGGAAUUAUUGUGAGCUCCUAGCUGGAUUUUGAGCUGGGUAGGAGCUGGCACCGAUCGCUGGCAUGCGCUGGUAAGAUUCUGGAGGUAAAAUGAAAGGAUUAAGUGAGGACCAAAUUAAGCAGCAGCAGGUAAUUCAGCCCACGGAUUUUGAGGGGCUCUGAGCAACUGUCUGUUUUCUUUUUAAUUUCCCUGGUUAAGUGGUUUCAGGUUUUGUUGUUGUUUUUUUUUUUUUUUCUGUGUACCUUCUUUUAAUUAAAAAGAAUUCAACAACAGCGGCACUACUGAGGCCUCUGGGCACUGCAGGAAGACACACUCAUUCCUCCAAGCCCAGAUCUGCAGUUUUGCAGCAAAGGUUAAGAGGUGGCAGCCCUGAAAUUAGGAAAAAAACAACAAAAAAAAGAAAUAAACGGUUAGCCUGAAUUGCGAACAGGCUCGAGUAGAGAAGAAGCUUUCUAGAAACGGACUGAGUUUAGCUUUGUGUUCUGCUUUUCUGUUUUGCAAUCAAGGCACACGUGAGCAGCCAGUCUGGUAGUAAAGACAGAUUAAGUAAAACAGGUUUUACUGUUUAGCUCAAUUCAAUUAAACACAAAUGUACAUAAAAUGUUAAUCAUGUGGGAUUAACAUAUUUAAGUAUAACACGGAGGGGUAUAUACAUAGCUAUUAUAUACAAGCACUUGACUACCAACUUAACCCCUCCUUUACCUUUUUUUUUUUUUUUAAUUAUUUUUCCAGGCUCCAUCCGACAUAAAGCCACAAUUUCUUAGUCUCCACUGUCCGAAGCUACCCCUGUUCAGCCAGCAGCCCGGGGCACAUCUGUGCGCCUGGCUCUGCUGCAAGGCAGGGUUUAUUUUUAAAUGCUCUUAUAUGCAGUCGCGUGUUGGAAAUGUUGAAGCAGUCCCAUUCGUUUUCACUCUGUCUUAGUUUUAGUUCCGGGCAUAGCCGACCCCCCAUUCAGGUGCUAUCAGAUGACCAGUUACUGCUUAGUUAACUAGGUGUAAAGUUUUACAUAUAUAUUAAUGUCAAUAGUUUUAUUACGAGUUGUGUAAAAUGGACUCUCUAGUUUAAAAAAAAGGAAAAACAACAAAAAAAAAAAAAAAGAAAAAAAAUUAGGUCUCUCCUGAAAUUGACUUUAGAGCAUGUAAAAUGAUUUUACUGGAUUCCGUUCAAUUGUAACCAAGGACAAAAAUCUGUAUGUUGUAGAAAAAGCUGCAGAAUUAAAGGAGAUCUGCUUUUAAUUUAUUCUUUUUGUAUUAAGAAUUUGUAUAGUUACCUUUACAUUUUGCAGAACGGUGUUGUCAACACUUCCUUAUUAAAGCAUUUUCAAAAUGA